AUGGCGAGUCUUCAAGUUGCAGCCGACAUAGUAUCGACUAUUUCAACGCUGGAAGAUGACCUGCAAGGGAUAGCUCAAGCGCAAAACAAUCUCUUGGAAGUCAUAUUGAAAGCACAAGCAAGCAUGAUAUCAGAUGCAGAAUUGAGCGGCAUCAAGUCUAACAUGGACAAAGUAGCCAUAUACAACACCAAAUUAAUGUCCCUCAAGGCAACCAUGUCCAUGCUGACAGGAAGAUCAAAGCAACUCAAGGACAGAGCGGCCAAAUUGCAAGGUCUCAAGAAAAAGUACCUGUCUGAAAUUGACGAUAUCCGUAAAAUGGAAAGAGAGAAAGAUCAGAGCAUUGCAGCCAAAACCAGCACAUCUACGCCUACAUUGAUACCAUCACCAGCGACUCCCUCUACGGCCAUGUCAUCGCCUGCCAUCCCCUCUGCUACUUGUUCAUCCACCACAAUACCCAGAUUAGUCAAAAAGAAAAAGAAAACCAAAGUUAGACAAGCUCUGAUUGACGAUGGUGAUGAUGGCAGGUCAUGGACACCAAAGAAAUCACUCAGUCAACAAGACUUGGCACUGAAAAAGUGA